AUGGAUGACGCCGACUCGCCAGCGCCGGUGCAGAGGGUCCUAGCGGCCAGCGAGGGGGCCACUGAAUUCCUCUCGCUCAUCGGCGCGGAGGAGCUGAGCCCCUGUCUCUUUGCGGAGUCGCUGGUCAUGGUCUCGGAGAGCGGCCAGCCGCUCGGGCACUUCUCAAUCUCGGUGCAGCCGGCCUGCUACGAGGAGCAGGGCGGGCAGGAAGAGGACUGCUACCUGGUCCAUGCCGCCAGCCAGGGCACCAUCAACGAAGUGCCCUGCAGCUCCUCCAUCACGGCUUACAUAUCAAAGCGGCUGGAAACCCUGGAGCAGCAUCAGCAGGAAUACGUGAAGUUCAGAGCCCACCCCCUGGACAGAAAGACCCACGUAGUGAAGCGCGGAGGCAGGCUGGUUGUCACGAAAAUCAUUGAGGAAGGAGAGCAUGAGGUCCAGACCCAGAGCGUCUCCUACAACUGCGCCUCCCUGCACGGCCUCAUCUCGGAAGCUGCCAACUUGCUGGUGCUGCGGGUGCUGGCCAGGCGAAGGGCCGUGCCCCAGAACACCACCUUCCUGGCCUUCGACACCGAGGCCCACGUCUGCACCUCCACUUACACCGCCAUGGGCUUCCAGAAGCAGCUGGUGGGCAUGACGGAGGUGGAGGUGUUUGUGAUUGAGAGGGCCGUGUGCCCGGACGAGGGCAUCCCCAUGACCUGGCAGUUCUACUUCCUCUCCGACGGACAUUUGGCCCGUCGUGUCCAGGUUGGGUCCCCGGCCACCAUGCUGCUCCAGCAGCUGCCCGUUCUCAUCGAUGUAGAUGAAGUGGAGCCCCGGCCCGUCUUCGAGAAGAAGCCCCUGGACUGGGAGGAAGACGUGCAGCUUUACUCCCAGUUCCUGGACAGGAAGGAGGAGCUGCAGGCCGGCCACGCCUCCUACGCCCGGCGCCACCCGGAGCUGCGCACCCUGCUGGCCGACUUCCUGCAGCUCCUGCUGCUGCACAAGCCCGACGACGUCCUCACCUUCGCCGCCGAGUUCUUCGCCCCGUUCGCCAGGCAGCGCCCGCCGGGCAGCAGCUUCCAGGCCUCCGGCAAGCCCAGCCCCUUCCGCGGCCGUGUCUGA